CUUGACGGGGCGGAGCAGCGGACAUGCGCUGAGCUGGCAGACUCAGAUCCGCUCCGCUCCCUGCGCUGCGCCCGAGGAGAGGAGACACGGACAGUCUCGCGUCCGGGGUGCUGGAGACCCACAUCAACACUCACUGUCUCCAAGGACAACAUUUGGGCCCCGGGACAGCAAAGAACCUGAACUAAAUAGCAAAAAUUAAACGGUGACAGAAGCUUUUAAUAGGGGACGUCUCCUCUCCAUCGCCUUUGCGCACGACCACCCAUUAAAAACCCCUCUGGACCAGCGUCGCCAGCAAGCGAUGCGCCCUGACGACAAGACAGCGGUCACAUUUGUUUUUGUUUGCGCAUUAUUAUUAAUCUAUCACAUUACGGACACCGUUUUGGUGUUGACAUACAUUUAACGGGUUUCUGGUUUAUGAAACUGACAUAAACUAUAUUUAUCUAUCUCGUUCGCUGUGGACUGACGCGUUUCAAGUCUUUUAGUUUUUGCUUUUUUUAAUCACUGUCAUGCCGACAAUGCGUUCAGACUGCAUUAGAUUAUUCAGCCUUUUGUGACAGUGAUCUUAUAGACAUUUCUACAUAUAUCAAGCAUAUCUGGCGGGCCUUCCUUGAGUCGUCUUUGGCAAUCGUAAGGAAUUGGAUCAAGCAUUCCCUGUGGAAAGUUUAAGGUGGAGACCAGUGCCAUAACAUAUCCAGGAGGUUUUUCCGAAGGUUGAAGGCUCAGGACCACAUGCUGUCAUGCUGUCCUUAGACGAGCCACUGGACCUGAAAGUGCCCAGGGGGCGGGUCAAUGGGCGGGACAGAGGCACCAGAUCCCCUUCUGCUCUCACACCCUCUCCCAUGCAUGCCAAGGGGUCCGGGCAGCUACGCAUGGCAGACGAUGGAACAGCCGUGAUUGUCCCAGCAUCUCCUGCUUCUCCACACACAGCAGGUGUCCUGCAGGAGAAGUCUGAGACCCCCUCACCCUCCGCUGUGGACCUCACUAUGUCACCGUCCUCUCGCAAUACCACCUGCUCUCCAGAUCUCACCAACGGACACGGCUCGGCUCCGGUCUUUCAUGGGGACUCGGCUCACAUCCGUUACGUAGAGGGCGGGGCCACUUCUCAAGCUUUCCAGUUCUUUGUGCCCAUUGGAGCAGGAGGAGGGCUUCACCUGCCUUCUUCGAUGUUCAUUCGGCAACCCAAGGACACUCGAGCUUCUCCGGACCUCUCCGCAGAUGAACAGCUGGCCUGUCGGUGGAGAAAGUGCCACCUGCUCUUUGACUCCUUGCAAGACUUGGUGGACCAUGUCAAUGACUUUCACGUGAAGCCUGAAAAGGAUUCUGGGUACUGUUGCCACUGGGAGGGGUGUGCCCGCAAAGGGCGGGGCUUCAAUGCCAGGUACAAGAUGCUGAUCCACAUCCGCACUCACACCAACGAGAAACCUCACCGCUGUCCCACCUGCAACAAGAGCUUCUCGCGUCUUGAAAACCUCAAGAUUCACAAUCGUUCGCACACAGGUGAGAAGCCCUACAUUUGCCCUUACGAGGGCUGCAACAAGCGUUACUCCAACUCCAGUGACCGCUUCAAGCACACUCGCACCCACUACGUGGACAAACCCUAUUAUUGCAAAAUGGUGGGCUGCCUGAAACGCUACACAGAUCCCAGCUCGCUAAGGAAGCACAUUAAAGCUCACGGGCAUUUUGUUGCCCAGGAACAGGGAGGUCCGGGAGGCGUGGGCUCGCUGUUGAAGCCCGGGUCGGCUAAAGAAUCCGAGCUGACUUACGUCAAUGGGGCCCACAUCAUCAUUCCCGGGGCGGCAGCUGCUCUCCUGGGCAGCCAUGGUCUGCAGGGUCUGGGAGGCUCAAUACCCCUAAGUCCCCGCCCCUUGGACUUGAGCAAUCUGGGCUGCCCGAGUUCCCCUCCAGCUGGGCUUCUGUCCUUCGCCGGCUCCCCGCUCGGCCUGGCCAAAUCUUCCCUGUUGUCUCAUGCCUUCUCAUCUUCUGCACUCGGGCUACCCGUUGUACCGGUUUUGGCCUCGGAGCGCAGGGACCACGGGAAGGGCAAGGCCAGAAGUGUGGAGGGUGAGGAUGAGAUGCAUGGGGGCGUACUCAACCUUUCUACAGGAACAUCCCACGACCCCCUGUCUUGGGUGGUCAUCCCCUCCGGUCAGGUUGUGUUGAAGCCGGCUGUGGUCAACUGAGCCCCGCAUUCCAGAGGAACGACAGGGGUGGGGGGGUGUAACAACAGGGGUCAGAGGUCAAAGGCGAGCAUGUGGGGGGUUUUCACAAAGCAAAUGCAGUCACCCUGUUCUUUAACUUUGCAUUUCUGCACUACCUGCGUUCUGAUACUUUUACCUGUUUCCUGUGGUUACAGUUUACUGAGGCAGAAAACAAACCUAGCGUUAAAACUCUGAAAGGUCACCUUUGUUUCAUACCGUUUCUUAUCUGCUACUUUUUUGUUGUCCGUUCAUAAAAGCACUGAUUUGGCAGUCUUAGAAAUCUGUGCUCUUGCUCCAUGAGCCCAUUUUCAUGUAUUUAUACGUAUUUUUGGACUAUGGUGUAUUUGACACACUAAAUACAGAAUCUUAUAUUAUUCUUCAGGAAGAAAUGUUUUAAAUGAACAAAUCCUUAAGCCAUUCCAUGCGUUAUGAAAAGAGGUAAAAAUCUUUAAUGCUUUUUCACUUACACAAGCUUGGUUAUGUUUGCUAAGAGGUGCUGAGGUCAGGCAAUAGCAGCUUGGUUAUCUGCUUAUUGUUUUCAAAUACAAUCAAUGCCGUACCCACAGACGGACGGUUAAACAGUGCUUUCACCGGGUACCCACCGCACCCCUUGCAAACGUACCUCCUCAGCUCCGUGCUAUCGCAAGUAACAUGACAAACCUCGCAUUUGCUGCUAGCUGUGUCACUGCAACGUAAGCGCAUUUCUUUCGAAAUAGACUAAGUGUUUGAACGACAAUCUGUCCUCUAAGGGGAAAGAAAUAGAAACAUUGACUAGUUAAGUUCUGUUGUGUUUUACCAAGAUUUACAGACACAAGACUCAUUGAGUUUUAAGUCAGACGAGGGCACAAACUCAGCUAGCAGUUAUGCUAACGCCCCAUAGAGAAACAAGGCGCUUUUGCAAGUACUGCCAUCUUUUGGCCAAGUGAUGUACUGCACGCUGCUGGCUGAACCAAUAUCUGAUAGUAUUGUCCUAGGUUGCAGUAUAGUAGCACAGCAGGAUAUACAAUUGUUAAAAAAUAUAUUUUUCGCAAACUCAAGAGACUCUGACUUUACACCGAUUUGGGUGUAUCACAAAAAUACUGUCCUAACUUGCCUAUCUCUGCUUUGAUUUCACAUUUAAACUAUAGACACAGUGCCAAAUGUGACACAAAACCAACCUUAAUAUUGAAGUGCAGUAAGUACCAUUUAAACUGGAUAUGCAAGCCAACAAACAUUUGGAAAAUAAAUAAAUAUAUGUAAAUUAAGUAUCAAUGUUCCCCCAUGCAUCGAUAAACACUCUUGAUAAAAAGUCUGUGAUGCUUUACAAUAAGGUUGUAUUUGUUAACAUUAGUUAACGCAUUAGCUAACAUGAACUAACAAUGAACAAAACUUUUACAGCAUUUUUUGUAACUUUUAACAUUAGUUAAUGCACAUUAAACUACAGUAUCAAACAAUUGUAUUCACUGCAAAAAAUGAUUUUCAAGAAAAAAAUCUUAGU